AUGUCUGCCCCAAUCAAAGUCACCUUUCCAUCUUUCAUGCUGCAGAUCAGCGGCGAGCUCUAUGAGCCUGUAGCCGGCUCCCCUGACCGCAAAGGCGCUGCAGCUGUGGUCAGUCACCCCAUGACCGGUGUAAAGGAACCAACCUCUGCGAACCACGCCCGAUUGCUUUCCAAAGCCCUUGUUACGCCCUCACAUUUGACGCAGGAAGACGUCAAGGCUGCUGUGAGUUACUUGACCACGCUCGAGGGCAAGGUUGACCCCGGGCGUAUUGGUAUCCUUGGGAUUUGCGCCUCGGGCGGUUACACAUCCUAUGCCGCGCAGUCCGACUCGCGAGUCAAGGGCCUGGCCACUGUCGGUGCCGCUUGUGGAGAACAACAAGGAGUCCCCCCAGGCUAUUGCUGGGGCUCUCCAGGCGGCUGGAUAAUGGCGCACGCAGGAGGCUCGCCGACCUCAUUCGGAGGCCCCACCAUGUUCGGCUCCAAUAUCAACCAGAUUCCAGAUAACGCCGACUCUUUCUUCAAGGAUGCGGCUGCAUACUACGGGUCUGAGCGCGGAAGGCAUCCACGUUCGGACCAGAGAGUCCCUCCCUCCAGCUAUGAUCUUAUGGUCUGCUAUGACUCUUUCAACUUCCAACAACUGAUCUCUGGACGGCCAUUGUUAAUGGUCGCCGGGUCCAAGACUCAGACCCUUCACUACAGUGCGACCGCAGUUGCUGCAGCCUGUUGA